CAAAUCUUGUUUUUGAACAUGUGUGGGAUGGGCUGGGGAAGGGGGGAUGGGACGGAAGUUGCUUAACUGCACCCCGUGUCCUCUAGUGGGCAAGGCUCAUUCCAUUCCGUCCUGGGCUGCCCGUCCACUUUGUGUCCAUUUGUCUAGGUCUGAACGUCCCCAGGUGGCAGGGCCUGGCACCUGGUGUCCCCCUCCCUCGGCAUCCUUCCCCCGAUCCCGUGUCCCUUUGCGGAGAUGGCUGGGCUGGCCUCAGAGACCACCCUCCUGGGAAAGGGUGAGGGACAGACCUGGUUUCAAAUCCAGACUCAGCUCUGUGACCUCAGGCAAGUUGCUUAACCUCUCUGGACCUCAUUUUCCUUAUCUGUGCAAUGGGUCAACUUUAACAGUAAAAUAAUGGCUAUAAAAUAUCCUGACACACUUCCUGGCCCAUUGUAAGUGACCCCCUUGGGCUCGAUGCCUGCAGAGGCAAAUGAACGCCAACCCUACCUGUAAAGAGCACGAAGUCUGGUGGGGAAGACACCCAGGGAAACAGAUAACCACACCAGAGUGCGACCAGCCCUGUAGUGUGGGCCCAGAUCUGUGUGGCAUCCUAACUCCAUCACUUACUAGCUGUGUGACUUGGGGCAAGUUGGUCAACCUUUCUGAGCUGCAGUUUCUUCUUCUGUUAAAUGUACAUCUCACAGAGUGGGAAGAUUCAGUGACCUGAAUCAUGACAUAUUCAACACAUAGGUGUUGCAAUCAAUGGUAGCUGCCAUUUUAUUAUCAUUAUUAUUGUUAUUGUUAUUCCCAUAUACAAGGUGCUGUUGGGAACACAGAGGAAGUGACUGACUGGGGGUUCAGGGAAAGCUCCGUAGAAGAGGGAACACUUGAGCUGGGUCUUGAAGGAUGAGUAGAAGUUCACCAAGUGGGAAAGGACACUCUAGGAUGGCCGAGCCUCGAUUUAACAACCCCUACUUCUGGCCCCCUCCUCCCACCAUGCCCAGCCAGCUGGACAACCUGGUCCUGAUUAACAAGAUCAAGGAGCAGCUGAUGGCUGAGAAGAUCCGGCCGCCUCACCUGCCGCCCACGUCGGCCUCGUCGCAGCAGCCGCUGCUGGUGCCGCCGGCGCCCGCCGAGAGCAGCCAGGCCGUCAUGUCGCUGCCCAAGCUGCAGCAGGUGCCCGGGCUGCACCCGCAGGCAGUGCCGCAGCCCGACGUGGCACUGCACGCGCGACCGGCCACCAGCACUGUCACAGGUCUGGGGCUCUCUUCCCGGACCCCGGCUGUGAGCACAUCGGAGUCGAGCGCGGGCACGGGCACGGGCACCAGCACCCCGUCCACACCCACCACCACCAGCCAGAGCCGCCUCAUCGCCUCAUCCCCCACCCUCAUCUCAGGGAUCACCAGCCCCCCACUCCUGGACUCCAUCAAGACAAUCCAGGGCCACGGCCUGCUUGGCCCCCCCAAGUCCGAACGCGGCCGCAAAAAGAUCAAGGCGGAGAACCCUGGGGGUCCGCCUGUCCUAGUAGUCCCCUACCCCAUCCUGGCCUCGGGCGAGACUGCCAAGGAGGGCAAGACGUACAGGUGUAAGGUAUGCCCACUGACCUUUUUCACCAAGUCGGAGAUGCAGAUCCACUCCAAGUCGCACACAGAGGCCAAGCCCCACAAGUGCCCGCACUGCUCCAAGUCCUUUGCCAACGCCUCCUACCUGGCCCAGCACCUGCGCAUCCACCUGGGCGUCAAGCCCUACCACUGCUCCUACUGUGAUAAAUCCUUCCGACAGCUCUCCCACCUCCAGCAGCACACCAGAAUCCACACAGGCGACAGACCCUACAAGUGCCCACAUCCUGGCUGCGAAAAGGCUUUCACUCAGCUCUCCAACCUCCAGUCUCACCAGCGCCAGCACAACAAGGACAAGCCCUACAAGUGUCCCAACUGCUACCGGGCCUACUCGGACUCCGCCUCCCUGCAGAUCCACCUCUCAGCCCACGCCAUCAAGCACGCCAAGGCUUACUGCUGCAGCAUGUGUGGGCGGGCCUACACCUCGGAGACCUACCUGAUGAAGCACAUGUCCAAACACACGGUGGUGGAGCACCUGGUGAGCCACCACUCGCCCCAGAGGACCGAGUCCCCCGGCAUCCCGGUGCGAAUCUCUCUCAUCUGAGCCCCCUGGCGGCGCCGCCCGCCGGCAGACACGGCCCGGGCAGCACCAGGCCCCGACGCCCUCCAGGAACCGCCAGGCUCUCUCCCGACCUUCCCAACCUUCCAGAAAGCCUGGUCCGCAGAAGCCCUGCCUGGUCCAGCUCCGCGGGCGGCCAGGCCAACUGCAAGAUUCUGGACUGUUUUGGUAGCAUCCAAAGACGAUCUCAGAGCACUUUGAACCUCUCUGUUGGGUUUUCUUUUUGUUCCCCACCCUUCACUUGCUUCACUGUUGUUUUUUUUUUUUUUUUUUUUAAGUUUGUUUUGGAAAUAACAAAAAAGAUAUUUAUUGGCCAGGAAGUUGGUGCUGCUAAGACCGAGAAAUUAAAAGAAUCGGACAGAUGGACGCAGAGAACCACAGGGCAGCGUGGGACCUUCUCUUGCCGUGGCCUCAGGUCUCGAGGGAAGGCUCAGGCCUGGGUUUCUGGACUGCAGAGGGGACCCCGAGGUGAGAGGGGGUAGGAGGUCGCCGGAGCGCGCCCUUCGCCCCUGGGUGCCCCGCUGGUACCUCUCGAGCUGUGCCCUACAUCGCUGAGCAGAGGGAUGCGGCAGCCGCCAGGGCUGUCCAGGCUUCAGGAGGCGGAAACGAGAGAGGGGCCGGGAGAUCCGCAGGACCAAAGGGUGCAGUGAUGGGCUGGGUGGCGGGCCCAGGGAAAUGGGGUAGGGGUGGGCCGGGUAAGACCUGGCCCUCCCUCGCUGCCCUGAAGACCACCCCAGUCUACCUCGGUGCUGGCCAGGAAACCUAUAGGCUACCUCUCCCGCCAUCCCAGACUGUGGGCAGGGGGAUGGGGAGGGAGCGGGCCUGGGGCUGGGACCCCGCUCCAGAAUUUCCUCCAGAUGGGGGCAGUGUCCAGGGAGGGGUCAUUUGUCUUCCCUGCCAUGGAGGGGGAAUCCCCAGCCCAGGCCCUAGGCCCCUCAGCAGGGAAGGGAUCCUCGGGGAGGCGGGUCCCAGGAGCAGACCCUGUCCCCAGCCCCCACGGCACACCCCAAUCUGAAAGCCAUGCGUGUCCGUGUAUAUAGGAACCAUGUACAGAGCCCGGAGAAGCCCCCCACGUCCCCCCGGGAAAAAAAGAAAACUAGACAGAAACUCAUCUAUAUAUUCUGUAUCUGGAGUUCCGUUUUGAAUAUUAACUGUGUUAUUUUUAUACACUUUUUAAGCCUUAACUCGCCAUUGAUUUACCAGUUUAACGUUUCCUGGGGUUUCUUUUCCCAUGGGGUUCUCUGGCCCCACCCCCACCCCUUUGUUUGACUUGCGUCGUCUGAUAAACUCAGUAUUGUAGCUUUUUGUCCGCAUGUUACUACCCUGUAAAUACGCUGUUAUACAUACUGUUAACACCCCUUUGCUUUUUUCUAUGGGACCUCCAGGCCACCAUAUUUAGAACUAGUUACCUUAUUAAAAAAGAGAAAACAGUCUGUUGGCUUCUCAGUCUGCAUCUUGGUGGCAGGGAGGUGAGGGCAGGUGCCCCUCAGACACUUCAGGAAAGAAGUUUGCAUUCUAUUUAAAAAAGGGGGUGGGGAGCAAAAUAAUCAAAUGUGGGGGAAAAACACUAAAGGGGGCAAGAAACAAAGGAAUUACAAACCCUCUGCUCUUUGUAUUGCUCUGUUGUGAAGAAUAAACUGUACCUGCACCCGG